UACUGCCCUCUUGUGGUCUUUCCGUACACACGAGAAGUGCACUAUAUAGACCCGAAAACCUCUUUUAGUUGAACCCUGUAGUUCUGCUGUAGGGAAACUAACCCCACAAAAAUAAGACUAGAGUGUCAUGUUCCUGUUCCACGUCCGUUUCUUUGACAAACGCGCAUGCGCCUCGAGCCGCGAGCAAAAGUGAAACCGAAAGACAGAACCUGCACCCAAAAACACUGACUGACGGUCCACUUCACUGACAGUCAGAAGCCCACAGAGAAGGAGCCACAAAGUCUGACUUCAGAAAAUCAAACUUCAACCCCACAUCCUCUGAGGGAAAAUGGGUGGGGUGGCCUUGCAUGGAGUGCUGGUCGUUCUCCUGGAUGUUCUCCUGAGCUCCUCUGUCUGGUUGUCCCUGUUCCUGCUGGAGUUCUCCAGCUGUGGUGGACUGGCAGGAGCGUGGGCCUCUGGGGCAGUAAGGUGGGCCGUCCUCCAUGCGUUUGCCUCUGUGCUGAUGGAUGGAAAGCCCCACGGCGGGCUCCACCGGUUCGUGGCGCUCCACUGCCUCCUCACCCCUGUGUAUGAAACGGGACUCUUCCUGAGGGCGCCCGCCGCAGAGUCGUACAUGGGACCGUUCCCCGACGUCGGCGUGCUGCUGCUGGGGGCGGCCUCCUCAGCGUUGGCCUGUGCAGUUUGGGAAAUCGGACUGUUUGGAGAGCAAAAGGAAAAGGACAGCGCUAACUUGGAUGCUAAGAAGCUGCUGGCGAGGGUGCUGAUUUACUAUAAACCAGACACACUUUACCUAAUCGCGGCUUUCACCUUCCUCAUUUUAGGAGUCAUCUGUGACACUUACAUCCCUUUGUAUGAAGGGAAAUUAAUCGAUAUGAUCAGCGGUCAGGCUCGUCAGACUCACUUCGCCUCUGCAAUUGGACUGCUGAUCCUUUAUUCUGUUGGAAGCUCACUUUUCUCCGGCUUCAGAGGAGGAAUAUUCAUGUGUUCACUGGCCAGGCUAAACAAGAGGCUGAAGCACUUCCUGUUUCACAGCCUCCUCCGGCAGGAGAUUCACUUCUUUGAGGAGAACAAACCAGGGCAGCUUUCCUCCCGCCUGCACAGCGACAUUGAUCGGAUGGGCCGGACUGUGGCGUUGAACGCUAACGUAGCAGUUCGGAGCACGGUCAAAACCUGCCUCAUGCUCAGGGUGAUGCUGGGACUGUCCUGGGAGCUCACGCUGCUCACCUGCAUAGAGAUGCCUCUUCUGGCCAUGAUACAAAACAAAUACAUCACCCUGAACAAGGAGCUGAAGGAUCAGACACAGGAAUGCCACGCUGAUAUCAAAGACCUGGCGUCCCAGACGAUCGGUGGAAUCCGAACAGUCCGAACCUUCAGGGCGGAGAAAGAGGAGCUGAGGCGGUAUCACGCUUCUCUGGAGACGCUGUGUUCCAUCAGGAGGCGCUCGGGGGUCUACGGCGCGGUGUAUCUCCUCUGUCGGAGGGUGGUGACUCUAGGAAUAAAGCUCAUCAUGCUGAUUCAGGCUCGCAGUCUCAUCUCCUCCGGCCAGCUCAGCGUCGGGAGUCUGCUGACCUUUUUCUUGUACCAGAAGCCCAUGUCAGUCAACUUAAGGGAGAUCAUGUUUUGCCGUGGAGAAACAAUGUCAACGGUUGGGGUCAUUGCCAAGGUGCUGAGUUACCUGGACAGGGAACCAAAGUGCAAGAAGGAAGGAGACUUGUGUCCGGAGAAGCUGGAGGGGAGAAUUGUUUUCCAAGAUGUCUCCUUCAGCUACCCCUCUGCUCCUCCAGGUCAAUUCGCUCUGAAGUCAGUGUCGAUGGAGUUGCAGCCGGGGAAGAUCACGGGCCUGGUAGGUCUCUCUGGCAACGGGAAGACUUCUUGUGUCAGCCUGCUGAAGAGGCUGUAUGAACCUCAGGAGGGUCAGAUCCUGCUAGACGGAAAACCGCUUCAUCUAUACCAAAGCAAGUACCUUAACCAGAAGAUUGCCCUGGUUUCCCAGAAUCCCGUGCUGUUUUCAGGCUCCCUCAGAGACAACAUUGUUUAUGGUUUGAAGGACUGCCCUCCUGAGAGGGUUGAAGCUGUUGCGAAGAACGUCAACGCCCACAGCUUUAUUUCAGAGAUGGAGAAUGGAUAUGACACAGAUGUUGGAGAGUGUGGAGGCAAACUCUCAGAGGGACAGAAGCAGAUCAUCGCCGUGGUCAGAGCUCUGGUUCGAGAUCCAAAGGUCAUCAUUCUGGAUGAAGCAACCAGCAAAUUAGAUAUAGAGUCUCAGCACACAGUGCUGAAGGAAGUUCUUUCUCAGAGGCGGACAGUCCUGAUUGUGACUCAUCAGCUGAAGAUUCUAGAAAAGGCGGAUCACAUCAUCUUCCUGGAGCAGGGGUCCGUCGUGGAGGAGGGGACUCACCUGGAGCUUAUGGACAGGAAAGGACACUACCAUCGUUUAAAGGAGGAGUUGUUCUCAAAGCAGCUGAACUGUUGAAGCUGUUUGUCCACUGUUUACCGGCUCAUAAAGGUGGAAAUGAAGGUUCUGCUGCAUCCUC